AUGAGAAAGAGAAAGCUUCCUGGCGAAAUCGAUGAGUUGCAAAAAACCAUUUCAACAGACAUCGUAGAUGGAAACGAGACUGUCAGACACGCCUCUGUCUUCGAGCACGCGAACAGUGUGUCGUCACGUUCGACAGACACUUCUGGUGGCGAGGAUUUAUUGAAUCCCACCUGCCCUUUCGAAAAUGCCGAACCGGAGUCUUCCCUCACCUUCAUUGACCCAAAUCAUUUUCAUAUGCCCUAUCUCUCUUUCCCCGAGGAUCGUGAGCCUCGGAAUGAAGACGAAAGAUCCGAGGGCCGGACCAUUACUCCAUAUCCCCCAGAUGUGAUCGAGGGAUCGUACCCCGAUGCCUCCGAACGAGAGUGGACUAUUAUUUCUAGGCACCGCUCUGCAAGGAAACAAGAGCAGCGGCGCUAUGACGAUCGAAGGGGAGCACUGAGGGAAACGGCCGCGACUGCCAACGAUCCCCGCGUCAGCAUCAGUCGGGAGUCCGCCCGUGGUCUCAUCACGCCACCUCAAUCUUCAAGAGGAGGAAGAUCUUCCAGACAUUCGGGAUUAACUGCCACGAGCGAAGCAUCGGCCUCGCUCAUGCACAUCAAGAAAGCGUCACCCCCUCCACCUCGAGGUGGCGGUUACAUCCACGACAAAAGCAGAAGUUCCAGCACAGGUACCGCCGCGAAACCAUUGUCAGUCUUGGGCAAGUCCAGCUACGCCAAUGUUGUGUCCGGAACUGCCGUUGAAGACGAGACAAAAUCGAGUCCUACGUUCUCCACGCCACCAUCGAGGGCAGGGAGCAUUGAUAGAGCAGCCACCUACGACGAUGUUCUUUCAGUCAAUAGCCUGCGGACGAUCGAUAGCGUGUCCCUUUCCAUCGCGCAAAGAAUGAAGGAGAACACACCCCCACAUACGAUCGAUUCCAGAGACCGACCUCCGGCGGGCAGACCCCUAGCACCACCACAAAAACAAGAACUACACCUGCCCCGACACCCAUACAUCACAAAUUUGUUACGCCGCGUGACCGAAUCUGUUAGCGGAACCAGGCGUCAAAAAGAACUUGAAAAGGAGAGAACAACACUCGACAGGUCGAGCAAGUCGUUAGACACAGUGCCACCUGCCUCUCGGUCUGUUGAACGCUUCCCGGAAAUGCCUCGCAGGGGUACCAGGACGGCAAGCUCCAGCCCAGGAUCACAACACCCGGCAUUCUAUCCGCCAGAACUGUCAAUCGUCACGGAUCAAACGAGCAUCUUACGACAUGAUGCCCUUGUUCAACAAGAUGUAGCACCAUCUCGGCCGCCAUACCCAUGGAAUGACAGGGAGCCCUAUAGCGAGGUUCUUGCAAGAUCCAACACUGUUCUCGGUCGCGACGGUCUGAAUGUCUCAACGCCUGCAACUACGUUGCAAAGUAGUUCUACCGAUGCACCGCCGCCGAUUGGAUACUCAUCGCAGCCCAUGUCUAGGAAUCCGAGCUCCAACUCUCAACUCGCGGCAGUGACAGACUCGACAGGCACUUCCGUGAGCAGUAAUAGCGGAAGUAUUAGGUCGGCUUUGCUCCGCGCUCGAGCGCCCUCCAUGAUUGAGACGGAGCCUUCUCCACGGCUUGCACCGAUGGACAUGGAUCAGACACCCUCUGUUGUCUGGGGACGAGGGCAGAGCGGACGUCCCGUUGACGAGGCAUUUUGGGGGGGUAACAACGUACCUGGUAUACUGCCUAUGGGUCAAGUACCCAAUUUCGAAGCGGCGCGAGAGAGUCCAUUGACGAGCCCCCGAAGUAGCUCAGGCGGUGAGAAUAUGGCUCGAUCUGGGUCUGGGGGCAUCCGGCUCAAGAGUGGCAGAAUCAUCGAGUUCGGCGACCUGUCCUUCGAUGUCGCGGAAGCUGACCAGCGGUGA